UACAAAGUGACAUUUCUUAUCGCGCGCUUUGCGUUUACUGUUUUGAUUUUGAAGAAAAACAAGUUUAUUUUAAAAAUGAGCGAUGAUGUUGUUAUUAUGGAAGUAGACGAGGCUGAACCUAAACCGUCUAAAGCUGCGGGGCCUAGCAAACUUACCACAACUUUACCAUGGAUAGAAAAAUACAGACCUCAAGUUUUUGAAGACAUUGUCGGCAAUGAGGACACUGUGUCUCGGCUGGCGGUGUUUGCAAAAUCUGGCAACGCGCCGAACAUCAUCAUAGCUGGUCCGCCAGGCGUGGGGAAGACUACAACUAUUCUCUGCCUGGCCCGCGCCCUCCUAGGCUCUUCUUUCAAAGAUGCCGUAUUGGAGUUGAAUGCGUCAAAUGAUCGCGGUAUCGAUGUUGUUCGCAACAAGAUUAAGAUGUUUGCCCAACAAAAAGUGACACUCCCACCAGGGCGUCACAAAAUCGUGAUCCUAGACGAGGCAGAUAGCAUGACGGAAGGCGCCCAACAGGCGUUGCGCAGAACCAUGGAGCUCUACUCAAGCACCACACGGUUUGCCCUGGCCGCCAAUAACAGUGAGAAAAUUAUUGAGCCUAUUCAGUCUCGGUGUGCAGUCCUACGAUACUCAAGACUUACUGAUGCACAGAUAUUAGCAAAGAUAAUAGAAGUCUGCCAAAAAGAAAACCUAUCAUACACAGAGGAGGGAGUGAGUGCGAUAGUGUUCACCGCCCAGGGGGAUCUCCGAUCAGCUCUCAACAACCUACAGUCAACUGCACAGGGCUUUGGUCACAUUAGCCCGGACAAUGUGUUUAAAGUGUGUGAUGAACCACAUCCGAUGCUUGUAAAAAACAUGCUCAUGGCUUGCAGUAAGCAGGACAUACAUGAAGCUUACAAGGUAAUAGCGAAGCUCUGCAAGCUUGGCUAUGCAGCGGAAGACAUAGUGAGCAACAUAUUCAGAGUAUGCAAGACCCUGGACGUAUCCGAAGACUUGAAGCUCGCCUUCAUCAGGGAGAUAGGCCUGACGCACAUGCGAGUAGCAGAUGGGCUGUCGUCUCCACUACAGCUGGCCGGCCUGCUAGCGAGGAUGUGCCGCGCUGCUGCUGGGGGCGACCCUGACUGGUAAUAAAGGGUGGUAGACCAGUUUGAACUGUUAAUGAUGACUGAAAACUAAAAUUGUGUUUAACGGCAGUUGAAGUGAAGUGUAUUCUGAGAAAUCCUUAUCCUCGCAAAUGGUAUUAAGGUACUAGGUAUUUUGUGAAAAAAUGAAAUAAAAUUUCUUUGUUUA